CGGAAGAGGACAUGUGGGCGUGUCUGGAUGUCUAGCGUGAAGUUCAACGUGCCAGAGCUAUCGGAAGCGUGAAAGAAGGCGUGAAAAUGAAGGAGAAGCUGAUAAACGCGGUGGACAGCUGUGUAGAUGAGGCGUUGUAUGGCAUCGUCAGGGCCAGUGGGAAUCUGUGUUUGCUGAAUGGUCACCGUGUUGUGGUCCGAGCAGACUUGGAGAACCUCAGGGGUAAAGUGGCCCUUGUUUCAGGAGGUGGUUCGGGGCACGAGCCAGCACAUGCAGGUUAUAUUGGUAGUGGUAUGCUAUCAGCAGCAGUGGCAGGUGGAGUAUUUGCCUCUCCUCCUCCUGCAAGCAUCCUGGCUGCCAUCCUCUGUCUGCACAAUGCAGGAGCCACCGGGGUCCUUCUGAUUGUAAAGAACUACACCGGCGACCGACUCAACUUCGGCUUGGCUGCCGAGCAGGCCCGUAAUCGCGGCGUCGUGGUUGACAUGGUGAUAGUUGCGGACGACUGUGCCUUUGACCAACCCAGCAAGGCUGGGAGGAGGGGCUUAUGUGGCACUGUGUUCAUACAUAAGCUGGCAGGUGCCUUAGCAGAGGAAGGUUGCACAUUGGACCAGAUUGUCUCCAAGGUAACAGAGACAUUGAAGGGAAUUGGCACACUGGGGGUGAGUCUAUCUCCAUGCGCUGUCCCUGGCAGCCAGCCUUCGUUUGACCUACCACCUGGAGACAUGGAGCUUGGACUGGGUAUUCAUGGUGAACCUGGAACCAAGAGGUCAAAGGUGGUGUGUGCAGACGAGGUGGUGAAGAUCAUGAUAGAUCACAUGACCAACCCCAACAGCCAAUCACACCUGCCACUGAAAUCAGGUGACAGGGUGAUUGUGUGUGUGAAUAACCUGGGAGCCCUGUCUUGCCUAGAGAUGGCUGUGGUCACUAGAGCUGUUGUCAUCUGUUUGGAGGGUCGUGGGAUGGCGGUUGCCAGGUUGAUGUCGGGGUCAUUCAUGACAUCGCUGGAGAUGGCAGGGGUGUCACUGUCUCUGAUGAAGGCCAACCAGGAAACACUGAAGCUGUUUGAUGCUGAGACCAGUGCACCGGCAUGGCCUAACCUCAGUGGUGUGUGGGUGAGUGGACGUGACUACACCAUCAAAGAGCAAGCGGUGGGCUCACGGCUGCAACACAACACACACAGUGAAGGCCCGCUGAGCCCUGUGAUGCGAAGGGCAUUAGAGAGAGUCUGUUCAACCCUGCUUCAGCGUCAGGAGGAACUCAACUCCCUGGACCGAGCCUCCGGGGAUGGAGACUGUGGCAACACACACGCACAGGCAGCUAAGGCCAUUCAGGAGUGGCUCCAGAGCCAUGCGGUCCCUGGUUGUCCAGGGCGGCUGCUUUCUGUCCUUGCUGGACUGGUGCAGGAAAAGAUGGGCGGCUCUUCAGGAGCUUUGUACAGUCUUUUCCUGACCGCAGCUGCUGGUCAUGUGACUGAGGGGCGGAGCAAUGGUGCAGCAUGGGCUAAUGCAAUGCAUGCUGGGACACAGGCCAUGAGAAGAUAUGGUGGUGCAGACCCCGGUGACAGAACAAUGUUGGAUGCAUUGUGCCCUGCAGUGGAACAUCUGAAGACGUGGACAACUGCCCCGCCUGGUGGAGAGGAGAUGGAUGUACUGCGGGCUGCUGUCCAGAAAGCAGAGUUGGGGGCAGAGUCAACUCGUGACCUCACAGCAAAGGCGGGGCGAGCCAGCUACAUCGCCACUCAGCAGUUGACCUUGCAGGAUCCGGGCGCCGUGGCGGUAGCCGCCAUCUUGAGAGCCGUCCUGGAGUCACUGGAGGAGCAGAAGUAACCACCAACCAUCACAGUCUGACCACAUAUUAGACAUGUAUUGGGUGCAGUGAUAUAUCAACCAGUAUGUGUGUAAAUCUUUGUGUCGGCUUGAUAGCAGCAUUAGUACUUAUGCGCAAAUAUUAACUGGUCAUUAUGUAUGACGAUAAAUCCACAAUUGGAAAAUUAACUGAUGUCAUGUCUUCAGUCAUUAAUUUGGUUCCUUAAAUAUCUGUAUCUCUGUAAAAGCCCCGAAAAGUCCAUUGUAGAUUAUGUUUUUGGCCGCCGCUGCAGCUGUCAUUAAGGGUGCAAAUACACAACUUUAAAAAAAUAAAUCCCAAAUGGUGAUGUUCAUAUACAGAGAAUGUACAUGUGGCUACUACACAUCAUUGUAGCUAUAGCAACAGAUUCUGAUGUCAGCCCAUUAGCAGUUUGGCUAAAGUAUUAGCUGGCCUUGUUUGAAGCUGCCAUCACUUUUUUUUCUUUUUUGUAAUAAUGUUAAUUGUAUGGGGCAACCACAGAUGGAGAUAGGUCUGAUUUAGAAAUGUAUCGCCCCUGGCUGUGUGUUGGAUAAUCAGGGUGGGUCAGAUAUUAUCACCAUAAAUUGUGUCAAGUAUCUCCUACCAAAGCUGAGGUGUUAACAUGACAUAUAUGUGUGUGUGUGUGGGGGGGUUCACCACAUCACCACAACUUCCUGUAGCGGAUCCAUCUGGAAGUGUUCAGCACAUCUGUGAUAUGUACACUAGCUACACAGAUGGCACAAGAGGUCAUAACAUCAUACUCGGUGGACUGGUAAAUAUCUCGAGAAGAGCCAAGAAAUUAUCUUAGUUCCCUACAGCCCACAACUCACAAACUCACCAUAUUAUAAUAAUAAUGCUGAAUAUACAUAGUAAGUAUUUAACUACAUUGCAUGUUAUUGGCAAUGAGAGAGGGACUCAAUGAGAACCGCAGGUGCAAUGGACUUCCAUAAAUAUCUACAUGUUCGCAUUCAAUCAAGAGUUUCCAGUCGGGUCCAUAUUCUCAACACACAGGCGUUCUCACAAACAGUAUGACUGACUGUCAUCGUUGACUAUACAGGAAUAUGUACACGGUAGACGAAUGUGGUUUCUGGGUGAGAGUGUUUGAGUUGCUAGUUUUGCCUCUUUGCCAUGAUCCAUUGCACACAGCAGCUAAUCUAUAGACACAUGUAAUGUUUGACAUUCGUAGAACAAGCUCUGCAAUCAUGAAUGAUAGCCAGUGUUUCAUCUCUCUCAUAAUUUACAUCUCUGAAGCCAAUUAAUUCUGACUAAUAAAUUAUUUUCCCAAA